AUGGGCAAGAAAUCUAGACCAGAAGCAAAUCAAGACCAAGCGGAAGGAUUGCCAACGCCACCACCGUCUCCCAUGCACUCACCAUCAUCACCCCUACACUCGAUCACGGGGUUGGAAAACUGUCGGUCAUCGACGAAUCAGAACACUCCGACUUCGACCCAUACAUCCCGUCAAGGCAGCGACGCGGCCUCUAGACCUGGAAAUUCGAUUUCUGCACAAUCUUCAGCGUCCAGACGUCCUUCGUUCACAACCUCAACCCUGUCUUCCUCCUCUUCAUCAACAUCAUCACAAAACUCGGUAUCCACAACCACAUCAUCCAUCCAUUCUCUUCGCUCCACGAAUCUUUAUUCGGCGCUUCUUGGCCAAGAUAUCUCCCCUAUCGCAUAUUUGAACGCCACCGGCCAGAUCUAUGGGACCUACAACCUAGGUCGUGGGAGGAGGGGUGCGAUUUCAGCACCGAGCUCGGAUUACUAUGACGGGAAAUAUGAGAGGGGAAAUGGACGGGGAGGAGGGGGAAAUAGUGGGGAAAGUGGAAUGGCGUAA